ACCUCUUCCUCUUCUCUUCUCUUCCUCCUCUUUUGUUUUCAGAUCAUUCUGAGAGCUUAAAUUCUCCUCCUGAGUUCUUUCUUUCUCUUGUGGGCCGAGGCUCUGUUGGGUUUUCUUCCAAGAAUUUCUGGGUGUUUUUUUUUACUUAAUUUUGGGUUUUCAUUUCUGGGUUUUUGCUGUUGAAUCUUGGGUCUUUGGAUCCUGUACCCAAAACCCAUAUAUUUUCUGAUCCAAUUAGUCUUUGAAGUUGAAAUCUGAAUUUAAUUUUGUGUUUCUGCUGAGAUUUAUUUCGCUGUUUCAGAAAAUAAAACUCUGGAAAAUUAAAUGCUGAAAAUCUGGAUCUUAAUGUUUCAGAUUCAUGUCGCCGGUUCUCAGUGAAAUCCUCCUUUCCGGGUUUAUGGUAGAUUCCUCCCUCCGGCGCAGAACCCACCUCGUCCAAUCUUUCUCCGUCGUCUUCCUCUACUGGGUUUAAUCUAAGUUUCUAUGGCUUCUUCAAGCGGAAAUUCCUCUGGUUCCACUCAGCUUCAGAACUCUGGCUCCGAAGGGGAUCUGCAUCAUCUGGUGGAUCAAAGAAAGAGAAAACGGAUGCAGUCGAACCGCGAAUCGGCGCGGCGGUCGCGGAUGCGGAAGCAGCAGCACCUGGACGAUCUGACGGCGCAGGUCGCCCAGCUGCGGAAGGAGAAUAACCAAAUCCUGACCAGCAUAAACAUCACCACCCAGCACUACAUGAAUGUCGAGUCGGAAAACUCGGUCUUGAAAGCGCAGAUGGCGGAGCUCAGCCAGAGACUGGAGUCACUCAACGAGAUCCUCGGUUACAUCGACGCCGGCGGCGGUUACGGCGGAGACUUUGAAACCGCCCCGGUUGCCGAUCACAACAACUUCAUAAACCCUUGGAACAUGCUUUAUGUUAACCAACCAAUCAUGGCCACUGCCGACAUGCUCGACCAAUACUAUUAACUAACCAAUGGCAACGAUGACAAUAGAAAAUUUUACCUUUAACCACAAUGUCACUGCUUCGGUAUUUCAAAACCUUAACUUACUAUUAUGUAUUUUAAUUAUCUCUUAUCUCAUUUGGUAAUAUGUUAUUGGUUAUAAACACCGUUACAGUGACGUUCUGAGUGUAAGGUAAGAGGGGGUGAUUGGUCAGUUCGUUUUGUUGCCUAGUCUUUGGUGUUGGUGGUGUUUGGAAUUGCAUCAUAGUCUCAAAUGAUUGGCGGAGGAAAGAACAACUUGGUUUUGUUUAUGUAAUCAGAUAUUAAUAUUAGGAGAAUCCAAUAUAUGAUGACUGAUGGAAAUGGGCAAAAUUGAGAGGGACCAGAGAAGUGGGUUCUGGAAUUUGUAAUGAGUAUUACGGUGUGAAUGCUAAAUUAUCGAUGUAAAUUUCUCUAUUGACUUUAAAUGUCUUGCCACUUGUUUGUGUAUUA